AUACUUUAAUUUUUUUUAUAACUGUUAAAAAAUAACAUUAUUAGCUCUUACGUAUGUAUGUGUAUACACGCACAUAUAUGUAUAUAAAAAUCUGAAUAUUGCUUGUUACCUUAAAACGGAAAGCAUAUUACCUAGUUGAAAAAAGCAAUUUGUAUUAUAACGUUUAUCGUGGUGUCGGUUUAACAUUUAAGAGAUAAUAGUGCAAGAAGUAUUGAAAUUAAAUCGUGUUUUCUAAGAAUGGUUUAUUAUUUUACAAGCGAAGUUAUUCAACCACCAGUAACAUUAUUUAUGGGAGUUGAUAAAUAUGAAAGUUUUAAAGUAUGCGAUUUUAUAGAUGAAGACCUUAUAAAAUGGGGUUGGCCAGAGGAUAUUUGGUUUCAUGUGGAUAAAUACUCAUCAGCACACGUAUACUUGCGUCUCAAUUUUGGACAAACAAUAGAUGACAUACCAAGUGCAGUUUUAGAAGAUGCUGCACAAUUAGUAAAAGCAAACAGUAUUGAAGGAAAUAAAAUGAAUGAUGUUGAUGUGGUAUAUACAAUGUGGUCUAAUUUAAAAAAAACUCAGGGUAUGGAAGUAGGUCAAGUUGGUUUUCACAAAGAUAAAGAUGUUCGUAAGAUUCAUGUUGCAAAACGAAUAAAUACUAUUGUUAAUCGAUUGAAUAAAACUAAGCGUACAGAACAAGUGAAUUUUAGAGUAGAAAGAGAAAAACGAGACCAAAUUGAACGAGAAGAUAAAAAGAAACUUUUAAGGGAACAAAAGGAGAAGGAAAAAGCUGAAGAAAAACGACGAAAGGAAGAGGCAGAAAUGAGGAGUUACAAUUCCUUAUUCAGUACAUGUAAUAUGACAUCAAAUGCAGAGAACAGUGGAUAUGAUUCGGAUGAUUUUAUGUGAUGAAAUUACUGAUGUUCAUCAUAGUUUGAAACAACUGAAAAGUGUUUCUGAAACAGACAAAUCUUGCAAUUUAAAAAUUUAGUUUUUCAUCAUUUAUAGAAGACAAUUACAAAAUCAAAUAUAAUAUCACUGAAAUAUGUGAAUAUAUUAAUAUGAUGUCAGUAGUAUUGAAUGAGAUAAAUUUGAGAUAUUACUGACUUUCUUUCUUUUUUUAUUACAAGUUAUUUCAUUUCUUCUUUUGAAUAAAAUGGUAUAUUCUCUAACAUUCUCUUAGAAUAUGCUUUGUACUAUUUUGAGAAACAUAUUUUGCACUCUUGUAAUUUCAUCAAUUUUGUUCAAAUUAAAUUCAGGCUAUCAAAAAAUAUUUCUAAGAUAUUGUAUUUUAAAACAAUUGUGAAAUUUCAAGAUACACGUACCUGCUUGAGAAACAAUCAAAUUUAAUGAUUUCCUACAACAUUAUUUAAUGAUGUUAAUACUGUUGUUAAUUUUAAACUCUUUUUAAACAAGUAAAAUGCAUACAUAGUUAUUGACGUUGCUAAAACUUUUUUCUUGGGGGGGAGACAAGUCCCUUAGCGUUACUAACAGUGUCAAAUGUUUAAUAUUAUUUAAUCCGAACUUCAUUUUAGAGAUGGGUUACUCGAAACAUCGAAACCCAAGAAAGUUUCGAAAAUUUGAAAUUUAUAGUUUUGAAUGAUUUGAAACCCUCGAAGCCCAGAUUAGAAAAAGUAAGUGUAAAAUCAUUUAAUAAAAAACCUCUCGCAGUAUCAAUAAAGAAUAUUAUUAUUAAAAUAAAAUGAAAUAUACCGACAUAUUUCCUAUCAAAAAGAAAAAAAAAGUUUUAAAUUUCGAUAGUUUUGAGACAGGCUUCGAAUUCGAGUUUCGAGAAUUUAAAAAUUAGUCCCAUUUAAUGGUUCAAUUAUUUUGUUCAUAAUUUUAGGUAACAAGAACAAUAUCGUGUAUCUUGUUUUCAGUUGCUUCACUUCAUUGCAUUUCGUCCAAAACAUUUAGUUUUAUUAAGUUACAAUUUUACAAGAGAAUUUUAGAAUUUCAGAACCUUAGAUUUUUAGAAUUUUAGAAUGGUGAGAGGACCUAGUCCCAUCCUGGCCCCUGUCUACUUAGUUAUGUCAAUGUACAUAGGAUAAGGUAUAAGUAUUUAUUUUAUACUAAUCAUUGGUGUUUUAUCAUUAAGCAUCAAAAUAUAUACAAAUGUGUAUAAUUUAAUUCUGUAAAAUACAUGUACAACAAAAUAAGAAAUAUACAAUAUGUACUUGUGAA